AUGGCUUCCGUUCAGGCUCCGCCUGCUGUCCAGCUUCCUGGCGCUGGCAUGGCCGCCACUACUCCUCAGCAGGCUCAAGAGAUAUUCAACAAAUUCAAACAGAUGAGAGAGAAUGGCGUCCCGAACACAGAUCCCGAAUACAUCAAGGCAGAGCAGUUCGUCCUGUCCUUUCAACAACAAGCGCGCAUGCGGCAAAAGCAACAGCAAUUUCUGCAUCAGCAGCAGCAAAUGCAUCAACAGCGUCAGAUGCAACAAGCUGGCCCCAACGGUACUGUCAAUGGCGCGCAACCCGCACAGCAGCACCAGCAGCAGCAGCACCAGCAGCAGCCGCCUCAAUCGACACAACCACCGUCUUCGGCCGCGCUAGGCGCUUCUGCCCUUCCCGCCCCGGCCUCAAACCAAGCCGCAUCGUCUGGCUCCCCGUCAACGGCUGCCCCGUCUAACAACCCUGCGGCUGGCCAAUUCAACGCGCAACAACUGAGUCUGCUUCGCCAGCAGAUUCAUGCCUUCAAGUUGUUGACAAAGAACUCCGGAGUACCUGUGCCCAUGCAGCAGGCCAUCUUCGCCCAGCGUGAGCGCCGGAAAGCCAUUGCCGCUGAAGCUGCCGCAUUAGCAGCCUCAUCAACACCAGCAGCAUCUUCGCGCGACUCGGCACAGCCUGGUUCCAACGGAGCUGAAACCAAGUCCGAAGAUACCCCGGAGAUUCAAGGGCCCACGUUCAAGAACGUCAAGUCUCCCUAUGGUGAUCCAACCCUGGUUCGCAAGUCCAUUAGCCAUUUCGAGCACACACAACGCAAGAACCGCAAACUCAUCCCUGGACUCUUCCCGACUGGCGUUGAUUUUGAGCAACUGCGAUACGAGCGGGAACUCAUCGUCUUCAACCGCAUGAAGGAUCGCUAUGCGGAACUGAAAGCCACUCCCGCAAACAUCGCCCAUUGGGAUGCGACCAAGGACGAUGUCGAGGUCGACGACAGCGCCAAGGUGAAGUCUAUCAUCGAGAUGAAGACUCUGGGCCUGUACGCCAAGCAGCGUGCGCUGCGCGAUAAGAUUGGACGGUCGAUGAUGUUUUACGACAAUCUUGCCAUGACAACCAAUCGCUCCGGCUACCGUCGCACGAAGAAGAUGACCGUUCGCGAAGCCAGGAUCACAGAGAAGCUUGAGAAGCAACAACGUGAUAUCCGUGAGAACCGCGAGAAGAAGAGACACAUCGACUUCCUGCAGGCUAUCACGAAGCACCGCACCGACAUCCAGACGACAGUUACUAGCCAGCGCACCAAGUCUUCGAAGCUUAACAAGCUCAUGUUCUCUCAGCACUACAAUAUUGAGAAGGAAGAACAGAAGAGAAUCGAGCGCACAGCCAAGCAGCGUCUGCAGGCCCUCAAAGCCAACGAUGAAGAGGCAUACCUCAAACUGCUCGACGAAGCCAAGGAUACUCGUAUUACCCACCUCCUGCGACAAACUGACGGCUUUUUGCGCCAACUUGCUGCUUCCGUCAAGUCUCAGCAGAGGAAGGCUCAAGCGGAGCAAUUCGGCGACGAAGACAUUCAAGAAGACGAGGAAGAGCCAAGUGGAGUGGACAGCGACGACGAAGACAGCGCACGCAAGAUCGACUACUACGCUGUUGCCCAUCGCAUCAAGGAAGAGGUCACCGAGCAGGCCGACAUUCUGGUCGGUGGAAAAUUGAAGGAAUACCAAGUCAAGGGUCUGCAGUGGAUGAUCUCGCUUUACAACAAUAAUUUGAACGGUAUUCUUGCUGAUGAAAUGGGUCUCGGCAAGACUAUCCAAACAAUCAGUUUGGUGACCUAUCUCAUUGAACGCAAGAAGCAGGAAGGCCCUUACCUCGUCAUCGUCCCCCUCAGUACUUUGACGAACUGGACUCUCGAGUUCGAGAAGUGGGCGCCGUCUGUCUCCAAGAUUGUCUACAAGGGCCCUCCUUUGGCCAGAAAGCAGCAGCAGGAUAAGAUCCGCCAAGGACGGUUCCAGGUCUUGCUCACCACCUACGAGUACAUCAUCAAGGACCGCCCCAUUCUCAGCAAAAUCAAGUGGUUCCACAUGAUCAUCGACGAAGGUCACCGCAUGAAGAACCAGAACUCCAAGUUGACGUCCACCAUUCAGCAAUACUACCACACCAGAUUCCGUCUCAUCUUGACCGGUACUCCUCUGCAAAACAACCUGACAGAAUUGUGGGCUAUGCUCAACUUCACUUUGCCCACCAUUUUCAAAUCCGCCAAGACUUUCGACGAGUGGUUCAACACGCCUUUUGCCAACACUGGUGGCCAAGACAAGAUGGACCUCACGGAAGAAGAGCAGAUUCUUGUCAUUCGCCGUCUCCACAAGGUGUUGCGUCCGUUCUUGCUUCGUCGUUUGAAGAAGGAUGUCGAAAAGGAUCUGCCCGACAAGACAGAAAAGGUCAUCAAAUGCAAGUUCUCUGCUCUGCAAUCCAAGCUGUACAAGCAGAUGGUCACGCACAACAAGAUUCUCGUCAGCGAUGGACAGGGUGGCAAGACAGGUGCUCGUGGACUGAGCAACAUGAUCAUGCAGCUCCGAAAGCUUUGCAACCAUCCGUUCGUUUUCGACGAAGUCGAGAACUUGUUGAAUCCCAUGAGCGUCAGCAACGAUCUACUCUGGAGAACGGCAGGAAAGUUCGAGCUUCUGGAUCGAAUUCUGCCCAAGUACAAGGCCACUGGCCAUCGUGUACUCAUGUUCUUCCAGAUGACGGCUAUCAUGGACAUCAUGGAGGAUUACCUCAGGUACCGCAACUUGAAGUAUCUUCGUCUGGAUGGUACGACCAAGUCAGACGAGCGUUCCGAUUUGUUGCGCGAGUUCAAUGCGCCUAACUCUGAGUACUUCAUGUUCUUGCUCUCGACGCGUGCUGGUGGCCUGGGUCUCAAUUUGCAGACUGCAGACACUGUCAUCAUCUACGACUCCGAUUGGAACCCUCAUCAAGAUUUGCAAGCUCAAGAUCGUGCGCAUCGUAUUGGACAGAAGAAUGAGGUGCGAAUUCUGCGUCUCAUCAGUUCAAACUCGGUCGAAGAAAAGAUUUUGGAGAGAGCAAGGUUCAAGCUUGACAUGGAUGGCAAAGUCAUCCAGGCCGGUCGUUUCGACAACAAGUCUACCGAAACGGACCGUGACGCCAUGUUGCGAACGCUGCUCGAGACUGCCGAUAUGGCGGAAACGGGCGAUCAAGAUGAAAUGGACGACGAAGAGUUGAACUUGCUGCUGGCCCGUAGCGAUGACGAAGUCACUGUCUUCCAAAAACUCGAUGACGAGCGCAAGAGGGAUCCGAUCUACGGCGAACCCCCCGUUGGCAAGGCCAAACCCCGUUUAAUGGCUGAAGAAGAGCUUCCGGACAUUUACCUCGGUGAUGGAAACCCUGUGGAAGAAGAGGUGGAGACAAGCCUCGGACGUGGAGCUCGUGAGCGAACCAAGGUCCGCUACGACGACGGUCUUACGGAGGAACAAUGGCUCAUGGCCGUCGACGAUGAUGACGACUCGCCUGAGGCAGCAGCAGCACGCAAGCAAGCCCGGAAGGACAAACGCGAGACCAACAAGCUCAAGAGGGGUGCUCUUGCGAACGCUGCAGAUGCUUCGCCCUCUGCCAGCCGUGCCAGCACUGAAGAAGUGGAGACCCCGAAGAAGAGGGGUCGUAAGCCUGGCAGCAAGAAUCAGGAGAAGCGCAAGGCGGAAGAAGGCGAUGAUGAGCCACCGGCCAAGAAACGUCGCGGACCGCAAGGCAGACCCAAGGCGGUGUCGUUGCCCAAUGUGAAUGAUGCCCCGCGCGUAUCGCCACAUCAACGACAGAUCUUGCAGGGCAGCCUGCGUGCCUUGUACGAGGGCAUGAUGAAUCUGGAGGUUGACGAUCCCGAACCGCCAGAGGAGGACGACGACGAAUCAGUAGCAGGCAAGCGGAUCAUCAUUGGACCCUUCCUGCAGCUGCCUCCCAAGCGCGACUACGCCGACUACUAUCUGAUUAUUCAAAAUCCCAUUUCGAUGAAACAGAUCGAUACCAAGAUCAAGAAGAAUCAGUACUACUGUCUGAGCGACAUGCGCAAAGACGUCAACUUGAUGUUCAACAACUGCCAGACGUACAACGAGGAAGCUUCGCUGCUCUACCAGGAUGCUCAGGUUCUCCAGAAAUUCUUCCACGAAGAGCUCGACAAAGAACUCGAGAAGCAUCCUGAGCUUCGGGAACUCGAGGCCGAAGUAUCCAAGGAGGGCUCUGCAGCGCCUAGUGCGAGCGCGAGCGCCAGCGCCGGAACACCUCAGCCCGCAAGCUCCGGCACCAGGAUCAAGUUGAUUUCUUCGUCGUCCAAUGGGGCCAAAGAAACAAAUGGCGGAAGCAACGGAGCCCAGAGCGACGACGAGCAGUAG